CAUAAAUUUAUCUUUGCAUCUGGGGAACAUGAAGUUUGCUGGUAUUUUUCAGAGGACUUUCAAUCUUACUUUGGCUGUCAGAGUGGGGAGAUAUUAAUUACAGUAGAGGUAAGAUAAAAAUUGUAGAGUCCAACAAAAAAUGGUGUUAGGAAGGUGUUGUGAAUUCCCUCUUGAAUAGGGGAGGCCUCAUCUUGCGUAAACACGAAUGAUAUGAUGUAAUUAACAAACAAAAUUUCCUGGGAUUUGAUUUUCUGUUUUUGGCAUCCCACAAUUUUUCGAAGUCCCAGCUCUCCUUUGUUUGGCAUUCAGUGAAGCAAAGCUAAUUAUGAUUAGUAUCUGUGCCCGUAGGUCCAAUCCCAGGUCAUGUCCAGGGUAUGUGGGGUUAUGACUGUGAUGAGGCCUUGGAGUGUGAUAAGCCUCAUCACACCACCACAACAGCCACUACCACAACCACAACAACCACUACCACGGCCAUGUCCGCACCCCGCACUGACUGCAAGAAGGGCCCGCCAGUCCGAUCUCUCCGCAACUCUCCUCCCAAUUUGCUAUUCAAGUUUGAGGCACCCUCUCCUAACAUUAAGAGUGAGCCCCCACACUCCACCACCACCAGUCAGGCUGUCUUUGGUGCAGGUACUGGCGGAUCUGCUGGUGGUGGAGCAAGGUCCAAAGUGCCACAGGAGGCGACACAGCGGCCCGAACAGCCACCUGCUUGGUUCACCACCUACAUGGAGAAAUUCCGCAAAGAGAUCUGCGAGGAAGUGAGUGAAUGCGUGAUGGAGAAGGUCUCGGGAAUGAUCAAGGAGAUGAAGUUCCCCUCCACUUCAGGGUCUGAGACAGAAGUCGAACAUCAGGUUGCAAAAGGGAAUGCAAAGCUGCAAAUGAAACUGCAGUAAGAACCCACAGAAAGCCAAAGCAUGCCAGCGCGCACGGGAUGGAAAGAAUGAAGAGAUCAAAGGCAAGAAGAAAAAGGUGAAGGCUGGAGAAAAUGAUGUGGGUGCAAAGCGCAAGAAGUUGGCCAAAGAAGAGAGAGGCUCAUGAAGAA